GGUUCAGCACCUGGACAGUUCCGCUGCACGAGGACUCCCUGCUGCGCUGGAGGGGGAAACCCUCUCAGAUGGGGGAGCUGGAGCUCUGGCGUAACACACACACACACGCACACGCACGCACACGCGCACGCACGCGCACACACGAACACGCAUACACACAGUUCCCAACGAAGCAGAGAAGCGUGAGUUUAGGGCUAAUAAUAUGAAGCGGUUGAAUGACGAUGCGUGGAUCCGCUGGUGUAUCGGAAUCUAAGGGGAGCGGGAGGUGCGACCAUCGAGUCCGAACGGUACGGGGAGCGAUCGUCCGACGUCAGCGCUGGGGCUCUCUACUGCUGCGGCUUAAAGCACACACACUGAGACCCUGGUGCUGGGUCGCUUCUCGGUCCGGGAUAUAGUACCACCACCAGGCGUAUGCGCGCCUACAACGUGCUGUUGGAGCCGCGAUACACAGGUCGAAAAAUUUCAGCCUCACCAAGGUUCAGCAUGACUAGGGUGUCUAUCAGGUGAGGAGCUGAUUCUUGACCCACGCCUGCACCUCCUCACUCCGUGGGAAGACCGCCGCCACUACCACAACCAGUACCACUGUUACCACGACUACCACCACUACCACUCCCUGUGUACCUCUUCAUUCUGUGCCAGGCAGUCGUCACAUAGCCAAGAUGGAAGACAUAGACCACAACAGACUGUCUGAGCUGGAGAUCAUCUCCCAGCCAGUGGAGGAUGAGGGCCCGUGCAUGGGGCCCCCGGUCCAGCUGGUGAGCUACGGCUACAGGGACCUGCCCCUGACCGCCCUGGACCUCUCUCUGGCCGGCUCCCAGCUCCUCUCCAACACAGACGAGGACGAGAGCAGAGAGGGCUCUAACUGGCUGAGGCCGUGCUGCGGCCGGCGCGUGGCUCUGUGGCAGGUGUGUCUGCUCAGCGCGGGCUUCAACUGCAUCCUGGUGGCCAGUGUCCUCCUGGUGGUGCUCUUCCUCGUCCUGGAGCUCCUCAUAGACACCAAGCUCCUGCAGUUUGCCAAUGCUUUCCAGUUUGCCAGCAUCAUCCAUUGGAUCAGCCUCAUCAUCCUCUCCCUCUUCUUCUCAGAGACUGUUUUCAGAAUUGUAGUUCUUGGGAUCUGGGACUACAUUGAAAACAAAGUUGAGGUGUUUGACGGGGCGGUCAUCGUCCUGUCCCUGGCCCCCAUGGUGGCGUCCACGGUGGCCAACGGCCCCAGUAGCCCGUGGGACGCCAUCAGCCUCAUCAUCACGCUGCGCAUCUGGAGGGUCAAGCGGAUCAUCGAUGCCUAUGUGUUGCAGGUGAAGGUAGAGAUGGAGCUGGAGGUGCAGCAGUGUGAGAAGACCCGAGCUCUGAGGGAGGAGCAGCUGGAGCGCCUCACCCAGAUCUGUCAGGAACAGGCUUUUGAGAUCAGGCAGCUGCGGGCCCACCUGGCCCAGCAGGAGGUGGACCUGGCCGCGGGCCGGGACGCCGCCCUGCAGGCCCACCACCACCACGCCUGCUGGGGGGGGAAGAAGAGCUGCUUCCAGGGCCUGGAGGGUCGUGGCCCCGGGGAGUCUGAUGACGAGGGGGGCCAGAGGAACCUCGCGGACCCCCUGCGGCCCCCAUCAGAUCCAGUUGUGCGUGAUGAUAUGAACAACUAUAUCAGUCAGUACUACAGCGAGACAAGCACCGAUGCUUCCACGGCUGUCCCCGGCGCCCGGGUCAUCACCAUGGCGGCCAUCGACAUGCACCGCCCCGCCACCAACGCCAACCUCGUCCUCUCCAACCCCCUGCUGGCCAUGGAGCGGCUGGGCGGCGACGCCGUGUCCGCCGGCGUGCCGCGCUCCAGCGGCAGCCUGACCCUGCGGCCCAACAGCCUGAACAGCCCCGCCCCGGGCGCCGCCGAUCCGGAGGGCGGCCCGGGCUGGGCGGCCCGGAGCUACAGCCUCAACUACGGCUCCCAGCACUCGCGUCGCGCCGCCGCCGCCGCGCCCCUCACCUCAGGCCAGGCCGUCCUGCCUCCCUCCUCCUCCUCCUCCUCCUCCUCCUGCAAGGACCCCAGCCUGGCGAUGCAGGAGCUGCUGUGCUCCCUGACGGAGGACGCCUGCCUGGGACCCAAGGGCCUGGCCGUGAACCCGCUGAACCUCAAGCCGCCGAGCCCCGCCGGGUCGGCCGGCGGCAGCCCCGAGCUGCAGCACAGGAUCAACGUGUACAACCGGAGGAACCAGGAGGAGGGGCGGAGCCAGGGGCGGGGCAAGGGGCGGGGCCAGGGUUGUGUCCUCCUUCAGACUAAGCCCCUCAUCCACCUGCAGGGCGGCGGUGGGGAGCCCUCCCUGGACGAGAAGUACCGCCUGCUGGGGUCUGCGGACAUGCCCAUGGGACACAUGCCGGACACAUAGGCUCCAGGGGGGCUAGGAGACUCGAGCGGUGUUCGGCAAACUUUGGGCCUGAGUUCAAUCCAUAUCAAUCUAAGGUGACCAGGUUCCGUUUUUCUGUCUUGUUUUUGUUCGCUGUAGAUUCCAAUCGACAGCCAACCCCUGAGGCAAGCUUAGACAUAUCUGUUCCUGCAAAACUGUCUCCUCAUGAUUCUGAAAUGGACCGCAUAGAUUACUCUACAUGAUGCUCUGUUUUUUUUCUAUAUCUUAUGAUAUCCCUGUUUGCCCUCAAAGCAUUUUCGAAAACACAAAGGCCUUGAUAUAGCACAACAACUACUACAAGUCCCUGCUGAGAGGGAAAAACCAACGUGUCGCUGGAGACACUCUCUAUCAGGAAUCCUCCAUUUUUACGAGAGUCACACAAAGUAUUCAAACCAGCAAAGAGGACUUGUUCAACUCUUGGCUGAACAUGACCUCGGAAAUUACUAAUGUUCCACAACUACAGACUCUGUGUUGCAAGCAGUGACCUUUCUUUCUUUCUAUCUAUUCUUCUUGUUUUCCUUUGAUAUUUUGUUCUUUCUUUCAUUCUUUCUUCUGUAUUUUACUUUCACUCUUCCUAACUUUCGUUAUACCUCUCUUUUGUUUUUUCUUUCUUCAGCUAUUUCUUUCUUUCCGAUUUUUCUCUUUUUGUAUUAACAUUUUUUAACAUGUAUCGUACAGUUUCUCUGUUUUCAAUGUUGCCACAGGGUACGUAAACUAGUUGAGCCAUGUUAACAACAGCCUUUCUGACCUUUGCCUUCUGAGGACAUAGCCGCCAGUAAGCUACGACGACGGUGUGAUGUUAAAGAGUGGGUGAGCCAAGGUAACCGUGACAAAUUAUUCAACGGUUGGACGCGAUCACUGUCUAUCAAAACGAGAAAGUACGGUGGUAAAGCAAUGACGCCAUUUUAAUUUGACAGACUGCGUACUCAUCCCUUCCUCGGUCGGGUCCGAUGAAGGCUCUGAUGGCCUGUCAAAAAUGGUGAACUACACAGCAGCACAAAUUGAUUGAACCCAGUUUUACCAGACAGAGUUAAAUAAUAAUAUGGUAAAUGACGUUCUGUGUGGCUUUUGAUAGGUCAGCAAUCUAUAAUUAAUUUUAUCAUUCAGACAUACAAACAUAGUUAUGUUGAAUCAGUUAUUAUGGAUUCCGAUUUUUUCAAAACGUUUGCUGGCCAAUGAGAAGAGUAGGGGGCGGAGCCUAGGUGCUACAACGCUCCACCAAUGACAUAAUGGACGCAGAUAUUUGAUUUGAUUUAAUUUUUGACAGCAUUCUCGAUUUGAUUUAACACUAUUAAGAGGGUAUAUGUUUGGUGGGUAUAUGUAUUAAUUGGAUUAUUAUUAAAGUGAUUAUUAGAUUGGAACGCUUGUAGCAUGAACCUUUAAAAGAUUUGCGCUCUGAAUGGCAAUCUAAUCCUUUGCACUUUAAUGUUUACAGACAGAUUUGUCAAUUUACUAUGGAGUAAUCUGUUGCCAAAUGCAGCUUUUGUCAUUUGAAUAAAAAAGAUAUGACAUCUGG